AUGAGUCUGAUUCUAGUAACCGGGAUGCCGGGAGUUGGUAAAACGACCCUAAUGUGCAAGCUUAGCAACGAGUUAAGUAAGCGUAACAUUCCCAUUUCUGGAUUUUACACGGAGGAAGUACGCGACUCCCGCACCGGGGAUCGCGUUGGAUUCGACAUAGUAACCUUCGCUGGUGGUAGAGCGCCAUUAGCGCGAACUGGUGUUACCGGAACCCGAUCCAACUGCCCCACUGUUGGGCGGUAUUCGGUUUGCUUAAGCGAAUUCGAACGACUAGCUCUUCCUGCUCUGGAACAACGUGACAAGGGGAUUUCUGCAAGUGACGGUGUGCUACUGCUGGACGAGAUCGGUCGAAUGGAGAUGAAAUCGAGCGCUUUCGCCACGCGAAUGAACGCAAUCGUUGAGGAGAUUAUCGCAAAGAAGGUACGUUUCAUUGCUACCGUUCCGCUGAAGUCUUCUGGCAUCGACGUAAUCGAACGGCUGAAACGCAUUCCCGGAUGUCAACUGUUUCACGUGAAACCGUCCAACCGAGAUCAAAUGUACUGCGACGUCGAAAAUGCAGCCCUUCUAUUGCAUUCCCGGCGUUAG